GUAAAAUAAUCUAUCAACAUUGGUUGUUACGUCGGCAAACCGCGAACCUUCCAAAUGGAUGUUCCUAUAAAUUAUAAAAAAAAGAUAUGAAGGAAUUAAUAACAUUGACGGAAAUUAUUUUUGAUGAAUAACAUAUGGAAAUAAAAAUGGAUAUAAGAAAUAGAUGAAAAAUAUAUAAAGAGAAUUGAAAAACAAUUUUGUAAACGCAUAUGUUAUCAAGUGCUUCAACGCUAGUUAUAUGGCGUCAUAAUUUGUUGUUACACAACAAUAGGGUAAUAUGCGCCAAACUUUACACCUCAUUAAAUUUAUUUCAUAUUCCGUCAAUAAUGAUAGUCUUUCACUUUUAUAUACAUAAUUAAAUAUCGUAUAUACUCUAGUAGUAUACGAUUUUGAAAAAAAUUGAAUUGAGAUUGUUCUGAAUAUGAUUCAUCGGGCAAUCAUACUAAAAAUACGCAUUGAUAGAAUUUCAAAAUAAGAGAUGUAUGGGAUAAACUAAAUAAAAUAUAAGAUUUAUGAAUGUAGAAAGAAAAUAUUUACAUAUAGGUUACAUACAAAUAAUAUUGUCAAAUAAUAUGUAUCAAUAAAUAAGAUAUAGUAUGUAUAGCCUCGAUCCAAAAAUAAAUGCAUAGAAUAAUUAAACAGAAAAAUUAACAAAAGAAUGAAUAGCAGAAUAAUAUAAUGGCGGUGAGCGAUAUGAAUUUUUAAAAAGUCAUUUUUAUAUGCAUCGCAUGCGGAUACAAAUAAUGUAUCGAAAGUAACGGAAAAGAAGCAAUUAUCGAGUACUAUUCUUCCUGAUACCUUUUAUGUAUCAAUACGAAUAAACAAAUGUAAUUAUUCUAAAUAGCAUUUCUCCUUAUACUUACACUUGUGAAUAAUUUUUUAAAUACCUUAAUUAAAAUGUUAUAUUUAUGUAUAAUUUGAACAUUAUUAAUUUUGUAAUAUUAAAUUUAAAUUAAAUGAGAUGGAAUCAAAAUUUAAAUUUACAGCUAAAUAAAUAGAAGAAUAUUUGUUCGUGGAAUUGAUAUGAUCGAUAUAUCAUUAUUGAAUCAGCUGUGUUGCGUUACAUCAUCGAUCUAUAAUAAUAUGUAUUGAAAAAAAUGGUAAUGCGUAUGCGCGUAAUAAUUCGGUCAAGGUUAUUUUACAGGUAAAUAUCCUAAGAGAUUUAUAUAAUAAAUUUUCGAAUAUUUUUCGUAAAAUAAAAAUGAUUCAUGAUAAAUAUAUACAUAUAUAUAUAUAGAUCAAAGUAAGAAUCUUCAAUCUUAUUUAAUUUUUGUUUCUUAUUUAAAACCAAUCAAAUUAUUUUCAUAUUUUAAAUCAGAAAAUAACAGUUAAUAGCAAAUAAUAAUGAUUAUAAAUUUUUUUGAUAGUUCAUUGCAUCAAUCAUAAAUAUGAUAAUAAUAAAAUUGUGCAUUCUCUGAGAAAUAUUUCAGUAAGUACAAUUGAUUAAGUAAUAUUAUAAAACAUGAUGUAUUUAAUCAAAGUGUGAUAGAAUGAAUCAGAGGUAGAAUGCGAAUGUAAAGGUAAAAAAGAAAAGAAAUGGUAAGAUAAAAGGAAAUAGAUAAUGAUAUAUCUAUAGAAGAAGCGUAUAAAACCACGACGGGUGCAACGUGACCGAGAAACCACGUGAUUGAAUUAGCCAAUUGCAAGGUACGCGGGUACGUUGUCACGUUGCAUUCGGCGUGGCUCACAUUCCCCUUGCUCUUACAGCCUAUCUCUCCUGCUCUAUGUCUGCUGAACAAGUUGUAUGCUGGCAUAUGCGAGCAAUACUGCUGUUUCUUGUAUUUCGCGUCAGUAUCCGUUCGUUACGAAUUCGCUAGUGCAUUAUUAUACUAUUUGAUCUCUGUAAUCUUUACACGAUCAUUUAAUUAUUGGAAAAUAUAAAACAUUGAACUGGUGUAAGAGUGUAUAUUGCUACUUCAAGUUGCGAUUAGAUCAGUGCAUCGAAUAAAGAACAACGAUAUUUGGAUAUAUUGCAAUAUCUAUAUAUGCUCACAAUUUAAAUCGAAUUGGAGACCUAUCGUUGGAGACGUGCACCCUGACAUUUCAUACAUCAAACAAAUGAUAUCGAUAAUUGAUUGACUAUUGAAAUCAAUUUUAAAAGAGAUAGAGAAAAAUUGAUAAAGAAGCUGUUCACGAAAUUUUACGUUCCGAGAAACAGUAUAUUUCGACACUGAGCUUCUCUUCGUUCUCCGCCUCUUUAUCUUGCUCUGUUUAGAGAAUUUAUAUUUGAUGUGGAAAAUUAUUGACAUUUAAAGAAGAAUAAAAGAUUUUAGAAAUGUAAUUGAAAAGAGAGAAAAACGAGAAAAAAAUAGGAAAAAACUAAGAAAAUGCUGAAAUUAUCGGAAUCAUUAAAAUCAAAAAGAUAUAUAAUUAUGUGCAAUAUGUAUCAAGGACAGAUGAUCUUUGAGAGAUACGAAUUUUUUUUUUUUAUAAACAAGGAAAAAUUUUAGUGGAGUGAAUAAUAAUAAUCGAUCAUCCGGACCCUUAAUUUUUAAUGACUUAAACAAUGAUAUUUUGCACGGCAUGAUCGAUUUGAUGAUUAAGGGAAUUCAAGAAGAAACGUAUCCUUCGAAUUAUAUUUCUCUUAGGAAAGAAAGAACGGAAGAAAAGCGGAAAGAAAGAAAAAAAAAAGAAGAAAAGUGACAAAGAAAUAAAAAAGAUGCGUUUAUAUAUAUAUAUAUAAAUGUGUGUGUGCGCGUGAAAUAGUGAUAAAAUUGCACAGAGAAAAAGGAAAACAUUUUUAUCGUUUAAAAACUCAUUGCUAGUUGAAUAUGUUACAUUGAAAAAAAAAGUGGAAAGAAUCAGAAGAAAAGGAAAACGAUAUUCAAGGAAUAUAAGACAAAAAGAAGAAAAUGACGGGUAGUCGAAGUAGCGAAAUAAAUCCGAAAGAGGGAUUGUAUGAUGAAGGUGGAAAACACACGGUUCAUUGGUUUCGCAAAGGUCUCAGACUUCACGAUAAUCCUUCGUUGAGGGAAGGUCUUGCUGGAGCUUCCACCUUUCGUUGCGUAUUUGUUUUGGAUCCAUGGUUCGCUGGAAGUACUAAUAUCGGUAUCAAUAAAUGGAGAUUUUUGCUACAGUGCUUGGAAGAUCUUGAUUGUUCAUUGAGAAAACUAAACUCUAGACUAUUUGUGAUACGAGGACAACCGGCAGAUGCUCUGCCCAAAUUGUUUAAAGAAUGGGGUACUACAAAUCUGACAUUUGAAGAGGAUCCAGAGCCAUUCGGACGUGUCCGAGAUCAUAAUAUCUCAGCACUUUGUAAAGAGCUUGGUAUUUCGGUAGUUCAAAAGGUCUCGCAUACUCUUUACAAAUUGGACGAAAUUAUUGAGAGGAAUGGUGACAAACCUCCAUUAACUUAUCAUCAAUUUCAAACCGUCGUUGCCAGCAUGGAUCCUCCGGAACCACCAGUACCAACAGUUACUUCUGCUUGUGUAGGUUCGGCAUAUACUCCUUUGAAAGAAGAUCAUGACGAUCAUUAUGGUGUACCGACGCUCGAAGAACUUGGCUUCGACACAGAAGGUCUCCUUCCACCUGUGUGGGUCGGAGGUGAAAGUGAAGCUCUGGCACGAUUGGAACGGCAUCUAGAGAGGAAAGCAUGGGUGGCCAGUUUCGGAAGGCCAAAAAUGACUCCGCAAUCAUUGUUGCCUAGUCAAACCGGUCUUUCACCUUAUUUACGAUUCGGAUGUUUGAGCACUCGAUUAUUUUAUUACCAACUCACUGAUCUCUAUAAGAAAAUAAAGAAAGCUGUACCGCCACUUUCAUUGCAUGGACAACUUUUAUGGCGUGAAUUUUUUUACUGCGCCGCAACAAAAAAUCCAAAUUUUGAUCGUAUGCAAGGUAAUCCAAUUUGCGUGCAAAUUCCUUGGGAUAAAAACGUUGAGGCACUCGCUAAAUGGGCAAACGGUCAAACGGGAUUUCCCUGGAUCGAUGCAAUAAUGACUCAAUUAAGAGAAGAAGGUUGGAUACAUCAUUUGGCUAGACAUGCAGUUGCUUGUUUCUUAACCAGAGGUGACCUUUGGAUCUCUUGGGAAGAAGGAAUGAAGGUAUUUGAUGAGCUGUUGCUAGAUGCUGAUUGGUCGGUAAACGCAGGAAUGUGGAUGUGGUUGUCGUGCAGCUCUUUCUUUCAACAAUUUUUUCACUGCUAUUGUCCAGUAAGAUUUGGUAGGAAAGCCGAUCCGAAUGGUGAUUACAUUAGACGAUAUUUGCCAGUUUUGAAAAAUUUUCCCACGAGAUAUAUUCACGAACCAUGGAAUGCACCACUUAACGUACAACGUGCAGCUAAAUGUAUCAUUGGCAAAGAUUAUUCAUUACCGAUGGUAAAUCAUAGCAAAAGUUCUAGAAUUAAUAUUGAAAGAAUGAAACAAGUUUAUCAACAAUUAAAUAAAUAUCGUGGAAAUGGAGUCUCUCUUAAAGGAGAAACUGUUGCCAGCAUACGUAACAAGCAGCUUUUCGGCAAGGUUUACUAAAUGCACUCCCACCUCCAUCAAUGAAAGAAACUGAGGAAGAAAAAAAGAAAACAAAGCAAUCUCUGUCACCAUCAGAAAAUCAAUCAAAAAUGGAAAUUCUUCCUAAAACGACGCAACGACAGCACCAUCAUUAAAUAUCGAUGACACGGAAAUAACAAUUUAUUGAUUCAGAAAAAUGAAAGUUCAAUUAUUUCUUAUUUAAUUCAUACUUAUUUAUUUAUCUUCAUCGACAUUCAAAUUUUGAUCAUUAUGCUUCACUACAAUCAUUUUAAUUUUAUUAAAUUAUUUGAAGAGCAAUUUUCAACGAGAUCGUAGCUGUCAUCAAUUUAUUCAAAUAAUUACUUAUAUUUAAAAAUAAUAGUAAAAAUAUUGAAAAUAUUAAAAAUAAAAUGAUCACUUUGAGGGAUAAUGAUGCGAAUUUUAUAAUUUUGUUGUAUAUAAUACAUCUGUGUAUAUAUCAUAAAUAGAAAAUUUUCAUGCAAA